CCCCGAGAAGAGGAAACCGCGCGGCGCGGCGCGGCGUCUGCUCGUCGUCCCCCUACCCCCCCUGCUCGCCUCGUCGCAGCCUUGCUGCAGGCUUUCUCCCCUCCUCGUCCUCGUCCUCGUCUCUUCCUAAUCCGAUCAGCGAAGCAGAUUCUUUCUGGCGAGGAAUCGAGCGGCGCCACCGGACCCAAGAGCUCCAUCCAUAUAUAGGCGAGCACAUGCAAUUGCCAGCCUAGUUGCUGUUGGGGCUCUCUGCCUUCUUCUGCCUCUGCCCCCGCGCGCGCGCACGCAUUUGCCGCCUCUCUAAUCCCCUCGGCCCGUCCAAUGGAGUCCUCGCCGGCCGCGUCCUCGUCACGGCCCAGGGACCCGCUCCUCUUCGGCGGCUUCGACCUCCCCGCCGGCUGGGGGUGCCGCAAGCCCCUGGCCUUCUACCGGGACCAGGACCGGGACACGGACGACGCCCCCGUCGCGGCCGAGCCCAACGCCGCCGCCGCCGCCACCGAGGGUGGCAAGAACAGCGGGCCUCGAUCGCCAGCGACGGCGCAGCAGGCGGCCGUGCCGGGGGAGGAGGCCCAGCAGGAAGCUCCCCGGAGGCAGUGGAACCUGCGGGAGCGGACGUCGUGGCGGGACUACAGAGCGGACGACGCGCGGCCGGCCAGGAAGCUCGGGAGCACGGACGCCGCCGGAGGCGGCAGCCGCGGGUUCUCGGUGGCGCUGACGCGGCAGGAGAUCGACGCCGACUUCGUCGCGAUCACCGGCCGCAAGGCGCCGCGCCGGCCCCGGAAGCGCACCAAGAGCGUCCAGCGCAAAAUCGAGACGCUUUGCCCGGGGAGUUCGCUGGUGGAGGUGACCCGCGACCGGUACAAGGUUAACGAGAAAGGAGGAUUCUGAGUCGCGCAAGCACAAAAGGAGGAGGAGGAGAUGGAUUUCCAACCGAGGAGCUUGAUCGAGUAAUGGCUAGCUCAUCAGUGUUGCUAAGAAUCAAAGUCGCUAAGAGGAGAUUUAGGGCUAACUGGUUCUUUGUCUUGUGGGUAGUCAAGCAAUUGAUGAUCAUGUAUAUGCCAAACCCUAACAGUAUGCAUGUUGGUUGGGUUCUUUUCUAAGUGAUUGUGGAUUGCUUACCGAUUUCCA